AUGAAAGUAACAAGUUUCUAUAAGUGGAAGGGGAUUCACGUUUCGGUUUCCCUGCUUGCUGUUGUUCUUACGGCAGUUAUUCUAUGGACAUGGGAAGAGAAUCCUUUCGUUACUACUCUGCAGUCAGCACAAGAGCAGUUUAGAGUAAUCUCUUCAGGUAACAUAGUUAAUGGGCCUAGUGAUGCCUCUCAUUCAAGUUCAUCUGUGAAUUUUACCAACCCAUCAGCUCGUGGAACUCAGAACAAUGAUAGAAAUAUUGUACCCUCUUCGAAGCUGAAAGACUGCAAUUAUGCUAAGGGUAGAUGGGUUGCAGACAACAAUAGACCUUUAUAUUCCGGGUUCCAAUGUAAACAAUGGUUGUCGGGAAUGUGGGCGUGCAGAACUUUUCCUAGAAAAGAUUUUUCUUUUGAAGGGUAUAGAUGGCAGCCAGAAAACUGCAAAACGAUGGAGUUUGAGCAAUCAGAAUUCCUUAAAAGAAUGCAGGACAAAACAAUCGCCUUCAUCGGAGACUCACUGGGCAGACAGCAAUUCCAAUCAUUGAUGUGCAUGGCAUCAGGUGGAGAAUGGCGAAUGGAUGUCGCCGAUGUGGGCUAUGAAUACGGCCUUGUCAAAGCGCCUGGAGCCAUCCGCCCGGAUGGAUGGGCCUACCGCUUCACAAACACCAACACAACCAUCUUAUACUACUGGUCUGCCAGCCUGGCUGACCUAGUCCCUCUAAACGCUACAGAUCGAAAGUCAGACGUCCUGAUGCAUUUGGACCAUCCACCAGCCUUCAUGCGACGGUACCUCCACAGAUUCGACGUCCUAGUUCUCAACACUGGCCAUCACUGGAACCGCGGGAAGCUCAAAGCAAACCGCUGGGUGAUGUACAUCAACGGGAAGCCACUCGAAGACAAAGGACUCGUGGAUUUGCACACUGCCAAGAAUCUAACUGUUCGCAGUGUCGCCAGGUGGCUCGAUCAGCAGCUUCCUUCGCACCCUCGUCGCCUCAAGGUGUUUUUCAGGACCAUUUCGCCGAGGCAUUACCGUGAUGGGGACUGGAACACCGGUGGGAACUGUAAUAAUACCACUCCCAUGACUAGAGGGAGCGAAGUCUCGAAGGACGAAUCAAGUGAUGCAGUCAUUGCCUCUGCUGUUGAAGGGACGAGGAUAAAGCUUCUGGAUGUUACUGCACUAUCUGAGCUGAGAGACGAGGCUCACAUAUCUAACUACAGCGCGAAGACUACAAACAAUGUGAGUGAUUGCCUGCAUUGGUGCCUGCCCGGCAUUCCUGACGCAUGGAAUGAGCUAUUGGCUGCACAGAUAUAG